UGAAAAGAGAGGCCAAGCGUGAAAUGUGAAACAUUGUUUUUAGUAUCGUGAAAAUCAAUGAAUUGAACUACCAUCUUGACAAGAGAAUUCUUCUCCUUGGUUUAAUUUCUUCAAAGUUGUUCUUUCAUGAAUUAGUGUAGAUAUGUUCUUCGAUAAUAACAUGAUUCUUCCAACUUUCUUGGAAGGCAUGAACGCCCACGAACAUAGGUUGUGAAUUUAGAGAAAAUUAAACCUUUGAAGGGAAAAAUUAAAACGAUUGGACAAAUCGAAUUAAAACGAUAUAACAAAUGGCGACUUCUUCGACGAACCCAAAAAAGGCAUCUGAAGGCGGCUCCAACACGAGCCGUCCUCCCCAAGGAGUGAAAUUCGCACGGCGUACGUCGAGCGGCCGAGUGGUGAGCCUCUCCCGUGAUGAGGACAUAGAGCUUUUCACAGACUACUCGACGUCGGCACAAAACGAUUACAUGAAUUACACGGUGAUGAUGCCGCCAACACCGGAUAACCAACCGGGCGGUGGCAAUGUGAACGUCGGCAACGGGGAGAAAACGGGUGAUCCUGGUUCAAGGUUCCACAACGAGCCAUCGUCGCAACGUGGGGGGGAGGAUGAGGGCGAAGGAAGGGGUGAUGACAUUGGCGGGAAAAUGGAGCGAAGGAUGUCGGUGAUGAUGAGCCGAAAUAAUAACAAAUCAAUGUUGUUGAGAAGCCAGACAGGAGACUUUGAUCACAAUCGUUGGCUAUUUGAAACCAAAGGUAAGUAUGGGAUUGGAAAUGCGUACUGGCAAGACGAGGAUUCAUAUGAUCAGGAUACCGGAAUGUCCAUAUCUGACUUCCUGGACAAACCAUGGAAACCGAUUACUCGGAAAGUACAAAUUUCCGGUGGAAUUAUUAGCCCCUACAGAUUGUUGAUCGUGAUCCGGCUAGUAGGUCUAUUCAUGUUUCUGGUAUGGCGAUUUCAGAACCCAAACCAAGACGCCAUGUGGUUAUGGGCAAUAUCCAUUGUGUGUGAAGUGUGGUUUGCCUUUUCAUGGCUUCUUGACAUAUUGCCCAAAAUCAAUCCCAUAGACCGGGCCGCCGACUUGGCAGCUUUGAAGGACAAGUUCGAGACCCCGUCUCCAUCUAACCCGGAAGGCCGCUCCGAUCUCCCCGGAGUCGAUGUCUUCAUUUCCACGGCCGACCCUGACAAAGAGCCGCCUCUUGUCACCGCCAACACUAUCCUUUCUAUCAUGGCCUGUGAGUAUCCCGUUGAAAAGCUCUCCAUUUACAUCUCUGAUGAUGGGGGCGCCAUCCUUACGUUCGAGGCCAUGGCUGAGGCUGUCGAGUUUGCUCGGAUUUGGGUGCCAUUCUGUCGAAAACACGAAAUUGAACCUAGGAAUCCAGACAGUUAUUUCAAUCAGAAAAGGGAUCCUACUAAAGACAAGAAGCGUCUAGAUUUUGUGAAAGAUCGGCGUUGGAUCAAGAGGGAGUAUGAUGAAUUCAAAGUCAGAAUCAAUGGUUUGCCAGAAGUUAUAAAGAAAAGAUGUGACACUCACAACAAGAAGGAAGAGAUGAAGGAAAAGAUGGUGGCAAAGGAGAAAAACGGUGGUGUGAUUCCUCCAGGUGAGCCUGUCAACUUCACUAAUGCCACGUGGAUGGCUGAUUCCACACACUGGCCGGGUACAUGGUUCGAACCAACAAUUGAUCACAAAAAGGGAGAUCAUGCCGGGAUUUUGCAGAUAAUGAGCAAGGUGCCGGAGCAUGACCCUGUAAUGGGACACGCAGACGAAAAGAGUCUAGACUUCACUGGCAUCGACACCCGACUGCCCAUGUUUGCAUAUGUUUCACGAGAGAAACGCCCAGGCUACGACCACAACAAGAAGGCAGGGGCCAUGAAUGCCUUGGUUAGAGCAUCUGCGAUUCUAUCCAAUGGACCCUUUAUCCUCAACUUGGAUUGUGACCAUUACGUUUACAAUUCCCUUGCUAUUCGUGAAGGCAUGUGUUACAUGAUGGAUCGUGGCGGUGACCGCAUUUGCUACAUCCAAUUCCCACAAAGAUUUGAAGGAAUUGAUCCCUCUGAUAGAUAUGCCAAUCACAACACCGUCUUCUUUGAUGGAAACAUGAGAGCGUUGGAUGGUCUCCAAGGUCCAGUGUACGUGGGAACUGGCUGCAUGUUCAGGCGCUAUGCGCUCUAUGGGUUCAACCCACCACGACCGAGAGAGUAUUGGGGAAUUUUCGGACAGUACAAGAUGAGGACUCACAACCACCACCAUGGAGAUGAUGAGGAUACACAACCCCUAACAGAUGACCACCAUCCGGACUUGACCUUGCCGAAGAGAUUUGGGAAUUCUGCCAUGUUCACCGAGUCAAUUGCCUUAGCGGAGUUUCAAGGAAGACCACUUGCCGAUCACAUCUCUGUGAAGAACGGGCGCUCCCCAGGGGCCUUGCUUGCUCCCCGGCCUCCCCUUGAUGCCCCCACCGUAGCAGAGG